GCAAAGGCGACGCAGAACCCACCAGGACCACGCACACGGCAGACGGCACCACGCGAGCGAAACUAGCACAGCAGCGAAGCGGCGGCGGCGGCGAUGGGAGGUGAGACCACGGGUGCCGGCGGCGGGGGGUUCCGCGCGCGGAUGGAGCACUACCUGUACAGUGGAGAGAAGAAGCACGUCCUCGCCGGGAUCGCCAUCUUCGCCGCCGUCUUCGGCGUCCCCUGGUACUUCAUGACCCGAGGAGCAAAGCAUCAAUCUCACCAAGAUUACAUGGAAAAAGCUAACAAGGCGAGGUCGGAGAGGCUUUCUUCUGGACAGCCAUCGGCGCUGAAAGAAUGAAGCAGUAGUACCCAUCCUGGUUCCUGACGUCUAGAGAUCAGCAUACUCCUGUUUUGUUUGUAAUCAGAGGAUUUUAGUCUGUUUUGAAAUAAGCAGAUAUCUUUCUUAUCUCACUAGAUGUAGAAACCAAGAAUUGGCGCAACAUGUUACCAGGAAUUUUGUCUACUGGAGCCUCCAUUACCAUUUGUGCUGUUUGCAAGGACAUGGCCCAUACAGAACUCAUGCAGUAUUUGCACCUGUUUCAUAGUAUUUCAGCUAAAUUUCCGUAA